AGCAUCCCAACCCACAGUGGGAGGAGAUGAGACACGACACCAGCUGCCGGAGCUCAAACUUACACACAGAGCUCCCGUUCACCCUCUACCGGAGAGCUCACGCGCUCGCCUGUCCGUCCGCUCGCUCGCGCUCCACCCGGUUACCCACAACUCGCGUCGACACCCGCCAACUGUCCACAUAGAGGGAGGCGGGAGAAACGUUUGCACGGAGAGGCUGAAAAAACACAACAACCGCCGCUGGAGAGAGAGUUCACCCGCGGGCAGCCCGCGUUCACCCUUCCGACACCGACAACAUGGACAAAGUUUUAACUUGCGUCUUCAUCGUGAUCGGUGUUGUGAUGUCAGCGCGAGCACAGGUGUAUAAAGGCGAUUGUGACUUCGAGAAACCCUUCCAGUCGUGCGGCUAUACCCAAGGGCGAGAUGAUGAUCUUGACUGGGAACAGUUGGACACCAGUGAGAAGCCUUCACUGGAUCCAUGGAUGCCACCUGGUUCAGCGUUUAUGAUGGUAAAUUCUUCAGGCCGUUACGCUGGACAGAAGGCUUUACUCUUCACCCCACAGCUCAAAGAGAACGACACGCAUUGUGUCAUAUUUCAGUAUUAUGUGGCGGGGAGAGAGGGGGGGAGCCCGGCACACCUCAACAUCUACAUUAAAGAAAACAACAGUCCGAUGGGUCUGCCCGUCUGGAACACAUCCGGACCUGUCGGUCGAAACUGGAACCAGGUGGAGCUUGCCAUCAGCACUUACUGGCCUAACUUCUAUCAGAUCGUCUUUGAAGCGGUGACCUCGGGCCAGAGAGGCUUGCUGGCCAUCAAGGACGUCGUCCUCCAGGGCCAUCAGUGCAUGAAUACACCGCACUUCCUUCAUAUUAAAGGGGUGGAAGUGAACGCCGGACAGACGGCCACAUUUCACUGCACUGUCAACGGUGAAUGGAAAGACAACUUUAACCUCUGGUUACAGGGUAUCGGUGGUCGUGAAGCUCCUAUGAAGGCUACCAAGCCGUGGAAUAACCAGCGAUUUAUCGGCAUGUUUGACGUGGUGAACACAACCAAACAAGAUUCUGGACGCUACAGAUGCAUCGUCCACUCGAAUCGUGGCGUCGGUGUGUCCAACUACGGAGAGCUGACCAUCAAACAGCCUCCGGUUCCCAUCGCGCCGCCUCAGCUGAUGGCAGUGGGAGCCACGUACCUCUGGAUUCAACUCAAUGCAAACUCAAUCAACGGAGACGGACCCAUCGUUAACCGCGAGGUCGAGUACCGCACGGUCUCGGGCACCAUGUAUGACCUUCAGCCUGUAGAUAAAACCUCACACAAAAUCGGUCAUCUGGACCCAGACACAGAAUAUGAGAUCAGUGUCCUCUUGACUCGACCCCUGGACGGAGGAACUGGGGCUCCUGGACCUCCACUGAGGGCUCGAACCAAAUGUGCAGAGCCCAUGCACGGCCCACGACAGCUGAAGGUUCUGGACAUCAGAUCUCGUCAGGUUACGGUACGCUGGGAACCUUUUGGCUACAACGUGACGCGCUGCCAUAACUUCAGUCUGACCGUACAGUACCGCGCCAGAGGAGGCGGCAAAGAGGAGAGCAGAGAGGAGGCGUCAUAUGACAGCAAGAGCUCCGCCCCCCAGCACACCAUCCAUAACCUCACACCUUUCACCAACCUGAGCGUUAAACUCGUACUGAGGAACCGCGAGGGCGUCAAAGAAAGUCCUGAAAUCCACAUUCAGACGGAUGAAGAUGUGCCGGACGAAGUUCCUCUGGACUCGAUUCAGGCCAGUGUGUAUGAAGAAAAGAUCGUGUUGAAAUGGAGAGAACCGGCUCACACCUUUGGCAUCAUCACUCAAUAUGAGAUUUCAUAUAAAGCUGUCAGCUCAUUUGACCCCAUGCUGGAUCUUUCCAACCAAAGCGGGAAGGUGAAUAAGCUCGGAAAUGAGACGAGUCACAUCUUUCUGGGUCUUUAUCCCGGAUCUACGUACUCCUUCACCAUCAGAGCCAGCACAGCUAAAGGUUACGGACCGCCGGCCAUCACACAGGCAACCACUAAGAUCUCAGCUCCAUUAAUGCCUGUGUAUGAUCAGGAGACGCCUCUGAAUCAAUCAGACAGCAGUGUGACCGUCGUACUGAAGCCUGCACAGAGCAGAGGAGCUCCUGUCAGGUAUGAGCUCAGUCCACAUGUGUCACACAUUACUGAAGAAGAAUCUUCACAU